AGUAGUAGCAACGACGGCAGCGACGACGGUAGCGACGACGUCGAGGAGACACGGAAACGACGAGGACGAGAGGCAGGAAGAGGAAGGUUCUACUGCCGAUAAUAAUAAGUGGCCGCCCGAGUUAGGCCGCCUGAUCGUCGUGAUUGAAGACACGAGGGUGAAAAUAUAAAAUAUAGGGAUAUAUGUUGUGGGCGUCCCCCGAAAAUACGGGGGCACUUGAUGGCAACAGAAAUUGGGCGAAUUGUAAGCAAGUAUCAAUCAUCGCCGUGCGCUAGAGUGUCGUCGUUUUCGAGUCGUCCGAGCGACGCCAGUCAUCUUGAGAAUACAUUGCUAGUUGCUAUCGAACAGGAAAACGAAGAACGGCAAGAGGAACAGCAAGAUUACCAACGGCAGCAGCAAUCACCAACACCAUCCUCGCCACCACCACCACCACCACCACCACCACCACCGCCAUCGCCACCACCACCGCCAUCGUCGCCGCCGCUGCCGCAGCAGCAGCAACAGCAACAGCAUCAUCAGCAUCAGCAGCAGCAGCAGCAGCAGCAUCGUCAUCGUCAGCAACUGAUGAGCAGCGACCUCGCGCGCGAAAAUACGCAGAUACGUGUACAACAGCAGCUUCGUAGACGGAGCUCAACCGCUGGAGGAGCGCCGGUCAAAGUAUCCGCGGAAAUAACCUCGACGGCGGUACCCGCCUCCGAGGUACCUAGCGCAGUCAAGACGACCAUCAACAUUGGCAUCGCGAUGAACCACGUUAACGAUCAGGAGAAUCUUAAGCAGCUCAAUCUGACGCCGGUUCAGGUUAACGAGGUCGAGGAGAUGGACACGCAAGAGGAAACACCAAAUGAUGGUGGUGGGGAUACAAACGAGAGCCGUCCUAUUAAUGGAGAACAAGAAUUAGCGUCUAUAGUACAAGAUCAAGAAAUGGAGGAAGACGAAGCAAGAUCAGAGGCCACAUUUCGUUACACAGUUGAAAAUAUUUCAAAAAUGAAAGAAUCUCAAUUGUCACCUGCUUGUUUUGUUCGUAAUUUACCAUGGAAAAUAAUGGUGAUGCCAAGAUCUAGUCCAACACAAGAAAGACAGACACAAAAAUCGCUUGGUUUCUUCCUACAAUGUAACGGAGAAAGCGAAUCUACUUCAUGGAGUUGUUCUGCUACAGCAGAGCUUCGACUAUUAUCUUGUAAAGAAGGACAGCCACCUUUCAAUAGAAAGAUACAACAUCUCUUCUAUAGUAGAGAAAACGACUGGGGAUUUAGUCAUUUCAUGGCAUGGCAUGAAGUAUUGGAUCCAGAUAAAGGUUUUAUCAAAGAUGAUUGUAUAACUCUUGAGGUUCAUGUAAUAGCUGAUGCACCACAUGGUGUUUGUUGGGAUAGUAAAAAACAUACAGGACAUGUAGGUUUAAAAAAUCAAGGAGCUACAUGUUAUAUGAAUUCUUUACUUCAAACCUUGUACUUCACUAAUCAGCUACGUAAAGCAGUUUAUAAAAUGCCAACUGAGAGUGAUGAUUCCAGUAAAAGUGUUGCAUUAGCUUUACAAAGGGUUUUUCACGAAUUGCAAUUUUCUGACAAACCUGUUGGGACAAAAAAGUUGACUAAAAGUUUUGGAUGGGAAACGCUGGAUUCUUUUAUGCAACAUGACGUACAAGAAUUUUUACGCGUGUUGUUAGAUAAAUUAGAAAGCAAAAUGAAAGGUACGUGUGUAGAAGGUACAGUGCCAAAACUAUUUGAAGGAAAAAUGAUGUCCUUUAUUAAAUGCAAGAACAUAGAAUACAAGUCCACGAGAGAAGAAACUUUUUAUGAUAUACAAUUGAACAUAAAAGGAAAGAAAAACAUUUACGAAUCUUUUAGUGAUUAUGUGAGCACUGAAAGUCUUGAUGGUGAUAACAAAUAUGAUGCAGGAGAGCAUGGCUUGCAAGAAGCUGAGAAAGGUGUUAUUUUCUCAUCGUUUCCUCCUGUUUUACAUUUACAUUUAAUGCGAUUUCAGUAUGACCCAGUCACAGAUUGCUCAGUUAAAUUUAAUGAUAGGUUUGAAUUCUAUGAAAAAAUUAAUCUCGACAAGUACUUGCAAAAUAAAGAUCCUGCAAGAGGAAGUGCAGAUUAUACUUUGCAUGCAGUUCUCGUACAUAGUGGUGACAAUCAUGGUGGUCAUUACGUCGUAUUUAUUAAUCCUAGUGGAGAUGGAAAAUGGUGCAAGUUCGAUGAUGAUGUCGUCUCGCGGUGUACAAAACAAGAGGCCAUUGAACACAACUACGGUGGUCAAGAUGAGGACAUGUCUAUGGCUGUGAAACAUUGUACUAAUGCAUAUAUGCUGGUUUAUAUAAGGAAUUCCGAGUUGGAAAACGUCUUGCAAGAAGUCAAAGAAGAGGAUAUACCUCAAGAGCUGGUGGAGAGACUUCAAGAGGAGAAGAGGCUGGAACAAAUACGAAGAAAGGAGAGAUCAGAAGCGCCCUUAUUUAUGACAAUUAACGUUCUUCUUGAGGAUAGUUUUGAUGGUCACCAAGGAAAUGAUCUCUACGACCCGGAGCACGCAUCAUAUCGUGUAUUUCGCGUACGUAAGCAGGGAACUGUGCACGAGUUUCUUGAACUUCUCAGUGACAGUUUGAGAUAUCCGAUAGAACAGAUUCGCGUUUGGCCGUUUAGUAUACGUACGAAUCAAACCUGCAGGCCAACUUUAAUUGAACCAGAAGCUGAUCUUCAAAAAUCGUUGUACGACUGUGCGGAUAAUGCGAAUCCUUGGAAUGUGUUUGUAGAGCUCGUCCCUCCGGAUUCUGAUUUGACAGCGUUACCACCUUUUGAUAAAGAUACCGAUGUCUUGUUGUUUUUUAAACUAUAUGAUCCUAAAAAUAAGAAAAUCCAUUAUUGUGGUCACCACUAUAUGCCUGUGGUAGCGAGAGUUCUGGAACUUAUACCGAUAUUAAAUGAAAGAGCUGGCUUUCCACCGGAUACAGAACUAGCACUAUACGAAGAAAUUAAACCAAACUUAGUUGAAAGAAUAGAUAACUUGUCGGAUCCUUUGGAGAAAGUACUUGAGGAAUUAAUGGAUGGUGAUAUUAUAGUAUUUCAGAAGGAGGGAGAUAAUAAAAAAUAUGACCUUCCAACUUGCAAAGAAUAUUUUAAGGAUCUAUUCUCCAGGGUAGAAGUCACAUUUUGUGAUAAAACUAUUCCGAACGAUCCAGGCUUUACAAUGGAGCUUUCAUUAAGAAUGUCAUACGAUCAAAUGGCUAAUGCAGUAGCGCAACGCGUAGGCACGGAUCCAUAUCUGUUACAAUUCUUCAGGUGUCAAAGUUACAAGGAUUCCCCAGGAUCUGCAUUGAAAUGUAAUUUCGAGGGCAAUCUAAAAGAAUUGUUUUCAUAUGGUAAACCAAAAGUAAAGAAAUUAUUUUACCAGCAGCUUAGUAUUAGAGUCAAUGAACUUGAAAACAAAAAACAAUUCAAAUGUAUAUGGGUCGGACCAUCUUUAAAAGAAGAAAAAGAAAUUAUUCUUUAUCCAAAUAAAAAUGGAACUGUUGCUACUUUAUUGGAAGAGGCUAAGAAACAAGUGGAAUUAUCUGAAAAUGGCUCAGGAAAAUUAAGGAUAUUAGAAAUCAAUUGUAAUAAGUUGUUACCCGGUCCUAGAGACGACGUACUUUUAGAUACCUUAAACACAUCGGGCACUAAAAUGUACAGGAUAGAAGAAGUUCCAUCUGACGAGCUCAAUUUGGCUGAUGAUGAAAUGUUGGUUCCGGUUGCGCAUUUUCACAAAGACGUUUUUUCAACGUUUGGCAUACCAUUCUUCUUUAAAAUUAAACACGGUGAACCAUUUCCAAAGAUGAAAGAGAGACUACUAAAGAAACUUGGAGUUCAAGAGAAGGAAUUCGAAAAGUUUAAGUUCGCGGUGGUUACGAUGGGCAAACCACAAUUCAUUAUCGAAUCCCCGGAUUAUUGCAUCGACAUCGCUGAUUUUCAAACUCAUCCGAAUCAAAGUAUUUAUCCACUUUUAAACGCAGGCACAUCGCCACAUAGGCCUUGGCUCGGCCUGGAACACGUCAACAAAGCGCCGAAGCGCUCUCGUAUCAACUACCUCGAAAAGGCCAUUAAGAUUUACAAUUAAAUUUUCGGUGCAGUAAAGAAGAAGAAGAAGAAGAAGAAGAAGAAGAAGAAGAAGAAGAAGAAGAAUUUGAAAUUAGGCAGCCACUCACAUAUAUAAUUUAUACGAUUGUAUAGUAAGAGGAGAGGAGUGUGUCUAAAAAAAAAAAAAAUAAAAAAAAAUAAAAAAAAAAAGAGACGACACGAGACACGAUUGGAAAGAUGUGAAAUGUACUAUUCGUUAAUACAGCUAGUUAUUAACACGCGCGAUUUUAAUAUUGCCGUAGAAAAACAAAAAAAAAUAACAAAAAAAUAACAAAAAAAAAACAACAAAGUAUCGAAAGGUAAAAUGUAAGCUUUGUAUACGAUGGUUGUUUGAAAGAGAGAGACUGCAAUGGACACGAAGCAAUAUAUUUUGUGUCUCAUGGAAACAUACGGAUGAUGAUGAUGAUGAUGAUGAUGAUGAUGAUGAUGAUAAUAACGAUGAUGAUGAUGAUGAUGAUAACGAUAAUGAUAAUGAUGAUGAUAUAAUACACUGGAUUGUAACAAUUUACCCUUUCGAACUAAAUCAUGAAUUUUACGCAAUGGUCGGAUCGACAACGUACUUCCGGUGACCUGGUGCAACAUGAAUGGAUUAACUACAUCGAGACUCCAUUUGCAAGAUCAAUUUUUAUAUAUGUAUAUAUACUUUGCCGCGCCUGACAUGAAUCGAUUGCUGCAAAAGUGUGCUUUCAGUCUGUUAGCGAUAUAUAUGUAAUAUUUUACUGAACGCAUGCCUUAUCACAUUAACGUUGCGUGGACAUGUGCUCAAACAGAAUAAUGACGAAAGUAAUCGGAAUGUGUAUUUAUAAAAUCAUGUAAUAGUAGCUUUACAAAAACAGACCGAA